AUGGCUGCCCUUGCGCCGUCCCGUUCGCCCCUGCCAGUUCAACAGUUGACGCCGCCCAGUAGCUCGCACGGUGCCGGAGCGUCGUGGGAUUUUGCUGUGCCUCUGGACGGUUCGAGGCAGUCCUACGACCAGGAGUCCUUCAUGUCCGGCCAUGCAGCCCCCGCGUACGCUCACGCCAACCGCCAGCCACAUACCUCACAAGCCAGCAACUUCGCAAAGCCUGUCCGCUCCACCACCUGGGAGUCGCAGGGCCAGUAUGAGGACGACAGAUCGAACCAGGCUUCAGGACGUGCUAGCUCACUGCACAAGAAGCCAAGUCGAGAUGUGAUGGCUGGUGACCAGGACAGCACCUACGCCAAGAGCAACACCAAAGGCAAGAUGGGGCCUCCGGCAGCCGUUAGGGGCCGUGGUGCGAAAAAACCCGCAGGCGGAAGCCCUGUCGAUCCCGAAGCCGACCAAAGCAAGUGGAUACACCGAGACAAGCUCAAGGAGAUUGAGAUCAGGGAAAUGGAGGAGGCUGGUUUCAGAGUCGGGCGCACAAGCAGAUCGAACAGCCGGUCACAGAGCGCCACGCGGAGGACACGAGACCGCACCAACUCCGAGCUGGCCGAGGGCCUGCAGACCGGCGACGAGCGCUAUGAGAGACGCAUAGUAUCCCCCAUACCUGCCGAAGCCGAGCACGCCUUGGCUGAGCAGCAGUACCAUACGUGGAGCCCGACAAGCAGCGAGGGUCCCGCACCAGACAUGCAGCCGCCGUCUUCACGGACAAACCACACUGUGAGGCCUAGUACGUCUCGCAUCCCUCUGCCAAAAACGAGUGGAAUACCUGUACCGGCAUCCGUGGCCGAUCGAGACGCGCCGUUGCCAAGAUCACGGACAGGCAGCGCAAACUGGAACGGCGACAUUGCUGCUGCCGGUGCGCGAGUACGCAGCGGAAGCAUAGGAAGUCAGGUACUGCUCGACGACUUCAUUGACGAGAGAAAACAUGGCCAUAUCCGCAACAACUCAUCAUCGGCCAGUGCGUCGUCUCUGAAGCAACCUCCGAGAUCGCCGAUCAAGGCAAAGACACCGGGCAAGCCAGCGGCUGCUGCGGGCGCGCGAAAGACCAGCACCACAUCACGGACACAGUCCAAGACCAGGCAAGUCUCGGGCACGAACAGACGGCCCGGCACGGGUGGCAACGUCGUCUCGCGUCCAACUACCGGCCAUCGACCGGAAGGAGAGGCGCCUUGGAUUGCGACCAUGUACAAGCCGGAUCCACGUCUACCACCGGACCAGCAGAUCAUCCCUACGCACGCAAAACGAAUGCAGCAAGAGCAGUGGGAGAAUGAGGGCCGAGUCGGGUCCAUGUACGACACUGAUUUCCGCUUGCUCAACACGGAAGAAACGGGAGGUCAGCGUUUGUCGCAGAUUGAUCCCAUCGCGCUGGAGAAGGAAAGGCAGAACGAGCAGUGGCCUCUCCCAAGUCCGGACAAGCAGCCUUCACCUGCAAACGAGAAGACGGAGCCUUCUGCCGACAAGUCACCAGCACUCGAGCAGCCGCAGUUCAAGCUCACCCCGACGAUCCCUCAAAGCCCUCGUGCGCUCUCGCCGAAGCCAGCGUCGCUCAAGCGCGCGCCCAGCGAGAAGCCCAAGACGACGCGAAUGCCCGAGCCAAGCGAGGAGAUGCCCGAGAAGAAGGGCAAAUGCUGCAUCGUUAUGUAG